CUCGUAAAAUCUCAACCACAAUCUCAGAUUCUGACCCUAAAUAUCCACAAUACUCUUCUCACACAAACUACCCUAAGUACACUAGAUAUCAGAAGGAUGUAGGUUGAUCCCAAGAUCUUCAACUAUUCAAUAUUGACCAUUAACUAAGAAAAUUUGAAAUCUUCCAUCUGAUUGAAACUGAGCUUCCAAGCAUGGCUUUUACAUCAAUUGCUCCACAGUACUCAUCUACACCAUCUUUGCAUUCUUUGGUACCUUCUUUAGAAGCCACACGCGAUCAUAACUCAUGGUGGGGGAGAGUGAGAUCAUACAAAUCCACGGGAAAAAGAUCACUCCAACAGAAUAUCACAAGAGGCUUAACAAUCCAGGGUGCAGCCACGAAACCAGCAAAGUCGCCAGCUGAAGAAGACUGGAAGAUUAAGAGAGAGUAUCUGCUGGAAAAAAGGGUAAGAAGUGUGGAUGCAAAGGAAGCUCUGCGCCUUCAGAAGGAAAAUAAUUUUGUGAUUCUCGACGUAAGGCCAGAAGCAGAGUUCAAAGAGGCCCAUCCUCCAGAUGCUAUCAAUGUGCAAAUAUAUAGGCUUAUAAAAGAGUGGACAGCAUGGGACAUUGCCAGACGGGCUGCAUUUGCAUUUUUUGGUAUUUUUGCCGGGACUGAAGAGAACCCUGAGUUCAUUCAGACUGUUGAAGCAAAAUUAGAUAAAAAGGCAAAGAUAAUAGUAGCUUGCUCGGCGGGAGGUACUAUGAAACCAACACAAAAUCUGCCCGAAGGUCAACAAUCAAGGUCUCUCAUAGCAGCUUACUUGCUGGUCCUUAAUGGUUAUACCAAUGUCUUCCAUCUUGAAGGUGGUCUUUACUCAUGGUUUAAAGAGGAUCUGCCAAGUGUUUCAGAGGAAUGAAUUUAGUGUCAAGAAUGUACAUGAAGUGAAGCCUAGACCUAGUUUUGACCAUAAUGAGAAUGUUAAUAAAUGCAUAUGAAGAACAGAAACCAACAAAUUGAAAUGUCAUUAUUGAGCUAGUGCAGAAAAUCAGUAUGCAAGAAUUGACAACUAAAAUAUCAUGUUACAUUCUCUAAAGACCGCAUCCCUAGCAUAAACUGGAAAGGCUCAAUUUAUCAGCAGUGUGUUAUUAGCAUUUUGAGAUUUAGCACCACGCAUAAACCAUGUUUCUGAACAGCUGAUGCAUAUUGCUUCAACGAAAAAACCAAGUUUUGUGUUCAAACAUUUUCGAUUCCUUAAGAUAUUUAAUUAUGCCUGAGGCCAAAAAGAAAGUUUGGGAAAAAAGGUAUUGAUUUAAACUUUAAACCUACCAUUGCCUAAGCCUUUAAAGAAGCUCUUGCCAUGGCUACAGCGCCGUCAUAACUUCGAUUUCCUCCAAUAAAACCACUCAUGUGCACAAAAGUACAACCUGGGAUUCCAGCAACCUCAGAGAGCUUAUCAUUUUCCAAACCCCUCCACAGAAAUGGUAACGGUUUUCUGCUCUCAAAUCUAGCAGGCGAAAUUGCCACUGCCUGCAGUCGCCAAUUCUCACUUCUAUCAUCCUACAAACAGUAAUCAUCUAUUACAUAAUUUAUCGGUCAUAUAGUAAAACACAUUAUAUAUCCCAUAUAUAUCCCAAGAUUUACAAGUUGGACAUGAUGCCUGCAAUGUAAACCACUAUACAGGUUUCUUUUUGGGGGGAGCGGGGCAACAAUUAUAUAUACACAUACUCAAUUUGAAAUGUAAUGGUCUAUUUGAAUCAAUUUCUCUAAAAACACUUCUAGAAAAAAAAAUGAUAUAUUUUUUCAUAAAUUAAAAUUAGUUUAUGCAUAAUCUAAUUUGUAGAUACUCUUUCCUAUUAACUUCUCUAAAAUCUUACUUUUAAUUUGUGUAUAAACUAAUUUUAAUUUAUAGCAAAAUUAUUUCGAUUUCAUUAAUUUUAUUCUCUUAGAAGUGUUUCUAUUGAAAGUUAUCCAAACACACCUUAAUUAAGUUAAACAUACAUACCGGGUAAAGAACAUAUUUGAUAGAAGGAUUGAUUUCCAUUUCCUCCUCAAGCUCAUGUAUGUGAAGUUUCCACUGCAAAGCAAUAAAAGGUUUUAGGUAACAGUCACAAUGAUAUUCAAAACCUGCAAAUCUAGUAAUUUACCCUUACAGUAAUCACUAAAAACCUGUGAGAUUAAUUAAAUGCCCUGUGGGUUGUGUCUUACAGGACAAGACCGGUUAAGCUUGAUGAUUUGUCCACUCAAAUCAACACUUUCCCUCGCUGCAAGACUCUCGACAACAAUCGUCCGCGCCGGUAACCAUGACUUUGCAAAAUACUUGACAUUCUCCAAAAACUCAGCUCCAGCUAACUUCAUGGCUUGACGAAAAGCCUGGUUUUCUCUUUGAGGUCAUACUGAUUCACUCCGUUAUCCGCAGCAUCAAUCGCCUCAACGAAGUUUCUGUAUAUAACGGGAUACAAGUGGCGCACGUGAGAAUGGGCUUGGUGAAGCCCAAGCACGUUUGCGAUUAUCUCCAAUCCAAAAUGCUAGAGGAAUGGGAAGGAGUAAUGAGUUAGGUUAUGAAAUAAAUAAGCAGCGAAAGGAAAAGGGGAAAAGGGGAAAAGUGGAAAGUGCAAGGACCUUGUAGACAAGGCCAGCGCUGCUGAGCUUAGUGGCGAAGGGGAUCGUAGAGGCCUCCAACGUCGACGAGUGCGUGGAGUGAUUGGAGAAGGUUGGGGUCUCUGGUUCGGACGAUGUGAGCGGCGGAGAAGCGUUUGGAGAGGCGAAGCAGGGAGCAGGCGAGGGCUUCGUCGCAGUGGAAGGUUCCGUCGUGAGUUCCUACAGUCACGCGCGUGGAGAAAGACGAUGCUAUCAACCAUCGUUUGUGCCUAAGUCCCGCGAGUUUAACCAUUUCUGGAAGUGACUCUCUCUGACGCAACAGACGGGAACACAAGAACCAUGUACGCAGCCCUCAGUUCUAUAAAAGUUGCAUCUUUUAAGAUA